AAAAGGCACAGUGCACUAUGAAAAGGCAGAGGAAGAACCAGUCUGGGAGGAAACUAUUGGGAGGGAGUGAGGGCCCUUGUGGAGGCUCAGGGAUGGCAUGCACUUUGCUGCGCUCCACUGCCCUGCUUCUCCUGUUUGUGCUUUGCACUGCACAGGAAGCAAAGCAAUGUGAGUAUCCCCGUAUACAGAACGGGCAACUAUAUUACAAUGAACCAGAAGCAAACUUUCCAAAGAGAGAAGGUCACAGACUUUACUUUAGGUGUAACAAUGGUUUUCUGGCAGCAAAUAAAAAUUACUGGCAAGCAAUCACAUGCACUAAAAAUGGCUGGAAUCCAGAACCCAAAUGCUUCAAAAAAUGUGAUCCUAGUCAACAAAUUCAACAUGGUAGAUUAAUCUAUUUACGGAUGAUGACAUUCAUAGAGGGCAAUGAAAUAUCAGUUCAUUGUGAUAUGGGAUAUUAUCCUGCAAAUCAGCAAACAACAUUCAAAUGCACAAACAAUGGCUGGUCACCCACUCCAAGAUGUGUUGCUCGAGAAGUUCCAUGUACAACAAGUCAAGAAGACAUGCAACGUAACAAUAUAAGGUUCAGAUGGUCAAGAGAUGAAAAAAUGUAUUCUGAAUCGGGGGCACGAAUAGAAUUCACCUGUAGAUGGCCUUAUGAUCCAGCUCCAUCUUCCCCUCCAUUCAUAGUACAAUGUAUAGAUGGCACAUUUGAAUACCCACAAUGCAUAUGAUGUUUACAAAGGCAUGAAAUGGGGAGAAGCCUACAACAGAGUUUUAACCAGCAUGUUAUCAUCAGAAACCAUAGAUCAAUUACCUUUAAUAGCAUAAAAUUACAUUUAAUUUUUGCAAAUGCAUUUUUCAAAGAUUAUAUUUAGCUACUUUUAAUGGAUUGUGAAUCUUGCAUUGGACAUGUAUUUUACAGGCUAUUUCUAAAAGGUGAAGUUCAAAGAAGCAUAGGAUUGGUCUACUUUCAAUGUAAUUCAGUUUAAAGAACAGUGGGCCCUUCUCUUACAUGGGGUGUCCAUUCUGGAUCCCCCUGCAUAAGAGGAACUCCAUGUAUGCUCAUGACCCAUUGAAAACAAUCGAGUGCAUGCUCAUGGCGCCACUCGCCACUGUCGCGCAGCUUCAGCAUAACCUUGAAGCUGCAUAUAGUGCACCCAUGUACGGCAUGGGCACACUGUAGGACAAAUCUAUUGAAAGGGGAAAAAAACAUAUACUGAUAAUGUAUGCACUUUGCAUGUGAACUAGCAAAGGGGCUUAACAACCCUAAACAAUACAGUAGCUAUGUAUAACUUCAACCAUUA